AUGGUUCUCUCAGUCAAAAGAGGAUCAUCUGUGAACACAGAUUUUGAUAAGGAGAACAACCCCAUUUCGUCACUUUCGUUUCCUUCCCGCAAAAAGCACUGCCCAUUGUCUUCGAAUAAAGGCAGUUUGCUCUACAUCCGUAGUUGCCAAAACUCGUCGAGCGAAGACGAGUCUUCUGAAGAUGAAGCUUCGCGAAAGCCAACAACUCUCAGAGAUAGAAACAGGUUAAGAAAUAAAAGAAGGAGUCACAGAGAGCUUCUGAGAAACUCUUUGUCAUCAGCAAUGAUGGAUUCAAAGUUAUCAAAAGCUGUUAGCCAAUACAGUGAUGACGAGCAAGAAGAGAAACGUGAUAACAAGGAGGAUUCAUCUGACAAUGCAGCCGGCCACAGCUCUUUUAGUAGAAGAGGCUCGGCUGUGUCUUCUCCUCUCAAUGUGACGCAGUCGCCAUCUCUCGACAUGAGUCCAAAGUCAAGACGUUGUCUUCCAGACUCUGAUUUUGCAGCAAGAAGUCGUUGUUUUGAAUACCUUGUGGGGGCUAUUGAUGAAGCCUGGGCAAGAUAUUGUGAUGCCACCGCAGUUGAUGAGGAUGAAGUGUAUGGAUUUGACGGGGGAAAUGGAAUUCCUCAAACUCCUACUUCUAUUGCAAUUACUUCUGACGAAGAAGAAGGUUAUAAAUCAGAAAUAUCCACAAACACAAACAUCACGGAAUAUGAGAGCGAUUAUCCUGCAGAUGUCCCUAAAUCAACAACUCGUCGUGUAUCUGAAGUUCCUGAAAAUGUACGUUUGCAGCAACUGAAGGAUAGACUCAUCAAGACAAAAUAUUAUCUGCAGGAUUUCGUUGACUCAGACGAUAUUAAUGAGUGUCUACUUUUUUGGAAAAAGUGGGACUUAAUCAAAUAUGCUACCAUUGAAUUGGUCGAAGAUGACGAUGACGAUGAGGUCAUUGAGUCUACUAUCGAUGAACUGGAGAGUGGAAGGUAUGUCUCUUCCAUUGGUGCAUAA